UAGCCUGCGCUCUAAUUGGUUCCACGCCGGCUGCUCACGUCUUUGGGAGAGCUCACCUGUUUUAAUUGGGCUAUCGCGAGUUGUCCAAGUGACGUCGGUGCGACUGGUCGACAACUUGUAAUCGUCAAUGAGGCAUGAGUAAAUUACAUAUCUGAGGAUAACAACCAAAGGCACUGCCGCAUUCGUGCUGCCCACCAGGCCGACAAGACAGCUGAGACCGUGUGCAGCACCGGAGAAGCAAGCACAGGCAUCUCAGUCUGUGAACGGUGGCAGGACAGAGGGCUGUGAGCGUUUCGAUAUGGACCUGGACUGGUUUUAAGAAACCAAAUGAUUUGGGUGCAUCUGCCUCAUCUUUGAGCUCACACUUGCACAGGAGAGCAGGUACACUGACUUUUUAAGCCAGGGUAAACACUCUGGAAUCGGCUGAGUUCCUCUCUAGCAGGCAGUGCUGGACGCAGGAGCUGCUUCAUUGUUAUUCUUGGCAUCGGCUGGCACGCUAAGACCGUCAACAUUGAAUCCUUUUUUUCCGCAAGUGGUCGGUGCGCCCCUGCGUUUGGAGCCAUGGGUUGUACUGUGAGCGCCGAGGAUAAGGCUGCCGCGGAGAGGUCAAAGAUGAUCGACAAAAACCUCCGAGAGGACGGAGAGAAGGCAGCCCGAGAAGUGAAACUGCUUUUAUUAGGCGCUGGGGAAUCUGGGAAGAGCACCAUUGUAAAGCAGAUGAAGAUCAUCCAUGAAGAUGGGUACUCAGAAGAUGAGUGCAAGCAGUACCGAGCAGUGGUUUACAGUAAUACCAUCCAGUCUAUUAUGGCCAUUGUUAAAGCCAUGGCUUGUCUCAAGAUUGACUACAGCAGUAAUGGCAGAGUGGACGAUGCCCAGCAGCUGUUCUCGCUGUCUGCCGCUGCUGAAGAACAGGGCAUCUUCCCCGAGGAUCUGUCCAACGUGAUGCGCCGAUUGUGGGGGGACAGCGGCAUUCAGAGCUGCUUCAAGCGGUCGCGAGAGUACCAACUCAACGACUCUGCAGCAUAUUACCUGAACGAUCUGGAGAGGAUAGCUAAAGCAGAUUACAUCCCCACCCAGCAGGAUGUGCUGCGAACUCGCGUAAAGACAACAGGCAUUGUGGAGACGCACUUCACUUUCAAGGAGCUGCACUUCAAAAUGUUUGAUGUGGGAGGACAACGCUCGGAGAGGAAGAAAUGGAUCCAUUGUUUUGAAGGAGUCACAGCCAUCAUUUUUUGUGUUGCACUCAGUGCUUAUGACCUGGUGCUGGCUGAGGAUGAGGAGAUGAACCGAAUGCAUGAGAGCAUGAAGCUGUUUGACUCCAUCUGCAACAACAAGUGGUUCACCGAGACCUCCAUCAUCCUCUUCCUCAACAAGAAGGAUCUCUUUGAGGAAAAGAUUCCUCGCAGCCCCCUAAACAUCUGCUUCCCAGAAUACACAGGAGCCAACAAGUUUGAUGAAGCAGCCAGUUACAUUCAGACCAAGUUUGAGGACCUGAACAAGAAAAGGGACACCAAGGAGAUCUACACCCACUUCACCUGUGCCACCGACACCAAGAACGUGCAGUUUGUCUUUGACGCCGUCACUGACGUCAUCAUUAAGAACAACCUGAAAGACUGUGGUCUUUUCUAAAGGAGAAUGCCUGACGCACACAGACUGCAUGAGAGACUGCAACAGCCAUGUGAUGAUACUGCUUUUCAUAAUGAAAACCAUAAGAGACUUGACUCUUAGAGCACAUACUUUAAAGAACUUCAACAAUCACAGAUUUGCAACCAUUACAUUCUCUGUUUAUUGUGUUGAUUUUAAAAAUAUAUAUAUAUAUAUAUAUAUAUUUCUUAUGGCUCUUGAUUAGGGUUCUCAUACUGUCCAUACUGAGUACCUGUAAAUAGAUAUAUGACCAAGCCCCCUUUUAUUGGUUUUUAAAUUGAAUUUGUAACAUAAAUGAUAUUAUCCCACUGGCUUAAGUGGAAAAAGAUGUUAGAAGAGGGAAACUUAUCAUACUAUUAACCAAUCUUUCCCAUCAUAAUACAUGGUAAAUGAAAAUAAAGCAAUAUGAAAGUAUUUUACAUCCUUAAUAGGACUUUCAGGACUAGUUUAAGGAUGAAUUUUAGUCUGCAGUUAUCUGAUUUUAAGAGUCUCAUUUGUUUUGUAUUCAGACCUCUUUGAGUUGUUAGGGGUUUCAUUUGAAUCCUUAUUUGCUUUUGAAGUUUAAUAAGUAACAACAUGAAAAAAUAAUAUUUUAUAAAAAUGAAAUGACUUUGUUAACUAAUGUUGGCAUUUGAUGAACCCUCUGACUGCACAGAGCUUAUUUUUUAGAAGAAAACAAACAAGCAUGGAGAAUGAACAUGGAUGAAGGGAAAUGCUUUUGUACAAUGUUUACACAGAAUCCACCGUUGUACUAUAGUGCAUUGUUCUGCAUGACCGUCCAUAGAUUAGCGUGUAUCUUCCACAACUGAAUAACAUUCCUGAGUAACUUCUACAAAGAAACAAAACGUAAAUGGUUUUGUGUCACUUUUAAGAUAUCUACAAUAUGUUUAAGUGUUAAUGUCUGUUUCUAACAUGGAUGUUCUGUUUUUUCUGUUCCAUUUUAAGUUUGUUUUUACAUAUGUUUGUGCCUUGAUAUCUGUUUACACAUGUUAUUUAGAGACAUACUAUCUCCAUAGUGUGAAUUAGGGCUAUUUCUAUUCCACUGUAUUUCACAUUACACAUGAUUUAAGAUGCACCACAACAAAGAGACACAUGGAUGAUAGUCUUUCAAUAAUAUUAAGAAAAGAGUCAUUCAAUUGUUUUAUGUAAAUAAAGUUUGCUCACUUGA